AUGGCGGAGAAACUCCUCGACGAGCUUCGAACUACUUUGUCCAGUGAGCGAGCAAGUUUCUGCCUGCCAGAUAACUGGGCGCACCAAAAAGUAGAUUUAGGCGUCGGAUUAAGUUCUCGCUUUCCAACUCGCUCGCUAGAGCCACCGUCGUACGACCAGCCUCCGCCUCCCUACAAUGAUGUGAUCCAUGAUCUUCCUCCUGAAUACUCUGCACUGCCUCCGCUCGCGCAGCGCAAAUCGAUUGAUAUAUCCUUCGCGCGAAAGACUCGUCAAAAAUCAAAUAGUUCUUCGCUGUUGAAAGAUCGGAUGCUGGAUGUACGUAUUGAUUUUGAGAAUCCUACUGGAGUUCGGGAACAUAAGAAGAAAAAGCCGGCGGCCGCAAAGAAAGCAGCACCGGCUCCUACUCCGCCUCCGCCCCCACCACCGGAACCGACAGGCGGGGCCGAUGGAGGAGAUGAUAAUUCCAAUGGCGACAAUGCCGGUGGGGCUGGCGGUGAUGGCGCUGGAGGCGGCGACGGAGAUGGAGGCGAUGAUUGGGGCGACGAUUGGAAUGUGAGCGGAAAGAAGGAUAAAAAGAAGAAGGAGCAGGAAGAGGAAGAGAAGAAAGCCAAGGAGGAGGAAGAGCGGAUAGCCAAGGAAGAGGAGGAGAAACUGGCGAAGGAAAAAGAAGAAGAAGAAAGAAAAGCCAAGGAGGAGGAAGAACGAAAGGCCGCCGAAGCCUCUGCUGCCAAUAAUCUCAGCUGGGCUGAGGAUGACGGUGGGGGUGAUAGCUCGUGGGCUGCUUUCACGAAUGUAGGGAAAAAAAAGAAAGGAAAGGGCGAAGCUGCACCCCCCGGGGGAUUCCAGGACGUAAGUCUGAAUGAAGGCGCACCGCAAUUGGACUUGAGCUUCGAUAGUCCGGCUCCGAAGACCGGUGGAACUGGAUUUAGUUUUGGAGGAUGGGGUAAAGAUUGGAAUACCGGUGGCAAGCUUGAUCCUCUUGGGGACGCUCCUCAGGACGAAUCAAAAGACAACAACCCAUGGGGAGAAACCAAAAAGGCAUCAGGAACUGGCGGUUUUGAUUUCGACUUGGGGUCCGCCCCCGCCGAAACCAAACAAGAAGAUAACUGGGGAGGGGGCGAUCUAAAGCCCGAACCUGAGGCUCCUGCUCCACCUGCGCCAGCACCCAGAGUCGAUUUCACGAAAGAAGCUUGGUUUCUAAAUCUCAACAAACGAGAGCAGCGUAAAGCAAAGAAGGAGAUGGAGAGGAAAUGGAAAGAGGAAGACGAAGCGGCAGCAAAGUUGGCAGCAGAGCUGGAAGCAGCUAAGGCGGCUGAGCCCGAACCUGAGCCCGAACCCGAACCUGAACCCGAACCCGAACCUGAACCCGAACCCGAACCUGAGCCUGAGCCAGUGGUGGAGGAGACUAAACCAGCCGAGGCUGAUAGUGACUGGGGCUGGGGUGUUCCAGUGAAGACCAAAGAUAAAAAGAAGAAGAAGAUCGACCUUCUAGCGGACCCGGAACCUAUUAUCGAUGAACCACCGAAGCCCAAAGAGCCGGUCGAUCCCUUUGCUGCCUGGGGAAUUUCAAGGGACAAGAAGAAAAGCAAAGGCAAAGCCGAGCCUGUGCCUGAGCCUGAGCCAGCCCCGGAGCCAGAACCUGAACCGGAGCCAGAACCAGAAACAGUACUACUACCAGAACCAGAGCCAGAGCCAGAGCCAGUGCCCGAGGCGCCAAAGGUGCCUGCUGAACCUCUAUACGAAAAUUGGCGCGAGAUAUCGUCCAAAGAACGGAAGAAGCGAGAGAAACAAUUGGUGCGCAAGGGUCUCCCUAUUCCUGGCAAGGAUUUUGAGCUCCCACCCGACCAGCCCGAAGAGGUACCUGAACCAGUUGUUGAACCGGAGCCAGCACCCGAACCCGAACCAGAACCGGAGCCAGAGCCUGAACCCGAACCAGUGCCUGAACCUGAACCUGAGCCUGAGCCUGAACCAGAGAAACCGACCGAAGAAGAAUCCUGGGGCAUUUGGGGACAACCAAAGGAAAAGAAAAAGAAGAAGAAGGACAAGGAUAUCGAAGAAAUUCCCCCUCCACGUGCGCCAACGCCUCCUCCUCAGGGCUUGACUCCAGACCCGGAAGCUUUCCAUGACAAUACAGAUGAUAUUUGGGCAGAGCUAGCCCCUAAGACCUCUAAGGGUUCAAAGAAGGUCACAAAAGCCAUCGAACCAGCACCCAAAGAGGAAAAAGCAUCCAAAGGCUUCUGGUCGAGUCUGACUGGGGGAUCUAUGAGCAAAACCAAAUCAACAAAGAAGGCGAAAGAGGAGAAGAAGGAUGAGGCUAUAGAGGAGGAAGAUGACCUGCUUAUUGAUGUUGCCGAUAAUCCUCCAGAGCCUGAACCAGAGCCUGAGCCUGAACCCGAACCUGAACCGGAACCUGAGCCCGAACCCGAGCCUCCUGUCCCCGAAAAGGCGAAGGUCAAGGCUUCUAAGCUGAGUGUUGCUGAGCGCAUCAAGGCCCUAGAGCAGGCCAAGAAGGAGAAGGCAAAGGCGGAAAAAUCUAGUUCGAAGAGCAAAUCCAAGAAGGUCGAACCGGAACCAGAGCCAGAACCAGAGCCAGAGCCUGAACUUCCCGUAGAGGAGCCCGCUCCUGCGAAGAAGAGUUCAAAAUCCAAGUCGAAGGAGUCCGAAGAAAGGAAAAUUUCCAAGGACUCUAUUCCUGGAAGCUUCCCAGAUUUUGGAGAUGAGCCCGAGCCUGAACCUGAACCCGAGCCCGAGCCAGAACCCGAGCCAGCCCCGGAGCCAGAGCCUGAACCGGAACCUGAGCCACCGGCCCCAGAUCUUUCCAAAAUGUCGAAAAAGGAGCUGAAGAAAUAUAAAAAGGCCGAAGCUGAGAAAGCUGCAGCCGCAGCCGCCGCAGCCGCAGCGGCUCCCAGGGAGCCUACCCCACCACCUCCCGAGGAAACACGUGAGCUAGACCCUGAGCCCGAGCCAAUAGCAGAACCAGAACCAGAGCCGGUACCAGAGCCUGAAGCUGAGCCCGAGCCUGAGGCUGAACCUGAGGCCGCACCCGAGGCAGAGAAGGACGAAGGUGCGCCACCCAUGCCUCCACCGGAGGCUGCCGAAGAGCCUCCAAAAUCCUCCAAGAAGGAGCGACCACGCCCUGAACGCACUACGACUAGCUCUUCAUGGGGCUUCUGGGGGGCCGCGCCGCCCCCGAAGAAAUCGAGUAAGAAGGAAAGCAAGAUCCUGGAAGAACCAGAACCACCGAAGAAGUUGACUAAGAAGGAAAGGAUUCAGGAGGAAGCAGAGCCUCCAAAAAAGCUAAAGAAGGAAAAAAAUCAGGAAACAGAACUUCCAACAAGACUGAAGAAGGAAAAGGUUGAAGAGGAAGUAGAACCGCCAAAGAAAAAGGAGUCUACUCGAGAGCGUUCUCCUGCAGUUCGUUCUAAAUCCACCAAAUCCCGCCCUAAAGACCCAGAGCCAGAACUGGAAAGGUCUUCGUCAGACCGGGAAAAGCGGCGCGAACGAGAGGGGCGGCCCUCGAAGAACCAACGUGGCGUCGUCUUGGCCAACAUGGUACUGGGUACACCCCAGUCCAAAAGCAAAUCGACUCGCAAACCUGGUUCUUCUUCGAAGCCGGUAUCAAGGCGUCCAUCAUUUGAUAUUGAGGACCCAGUUUCUGAUCCAGGACCGGAUGAAAAACCUGAGGUUUCUAAUAAAGCAGCCAAACUAAUGGGCAUGGAUCCCUCCAAGUCUCGACGUGAGCGCCUGCGCACGGACAGGCGGAAGUCAGUUCGAGACCCGUAUGCGAUAGAGGAUGAUGACUUAGUUAUGGUUGAUAUGGAGGAUGCCGAGGGUCACUCACCAAAGGAGGGCUCUAAGGGCUCAAGACGCAAGUCUAAAAGACCGUCUCGCUCUAGACCUGACGAUGAGUAUGAUGCUGUCCUGGUUGAUCCAUAUCAAGCACAUCCCACCGCAGAAGUCAUGUCAGGGCCCGAGGAUAUGGCCUUCGUUGAUGCGCCUCCAAGAGAACGCCGCCUAAAGCGCGCCAACACGGCGCCGCCGAAGAAACAAGAAUCCGGUGGAUUGAUGGGCCUCCUGGAUUCUCUAAGGAAGACCACACGCCCAGAUCGUCCAGAACGCCCCGAGAUGCCCGAAAGAAAGAAGUCGCGCUCGUAUCGUGAUGACGAUGCAAGAUACCCACCAGAAAUGGACCGCGACAUGGCUCGAAGAUCACGUCGCGAAGAUCGACGCCGAGGAUCUACCCGCCCAGACACCGAUCACGAAGGAUUCGUAACGGACGCCCCCGGUGCAGGAGCAGGUGGCGACACAGAAGCCGAAGAAGCGGAAGCUCGCCGCGCAGCACGACAGGCACGACGCGGAUCCCGCAAGGCACCUUCUGACUCUCGUGAAAAUGAAGCCCGGGAAGCAGAAGAGCGACGCGCAAGACGAAAAGAACGGGCACGCGAACAACGUGCUCGCGAAGAGGAAGAGGAAGAACGUCUACGCGAGGAAGACCGUCUACGAGAAGAAAAGCGGGCCCGACGCGCUGCACGCGAGGAACGUCGUGCUCGAGAAGAGCAAGCGGCUCGUGAAGCUGAAGCCGAAGCGGCAGCCGAAGCUAGAGCGGCAGAACGCCGCGAGCGCCGGCGAAUACGCGAGGAAGAAAUGAUGGCCGCGAGAGCGAGUCGACGCCGUGAACGCGAGCAAAGGAUACCUGAUGAGGUCUAUCCCGAUGAGCGGUGGGCUGAUCGUCGCGGGGCUCGUAGCUCCCGCGCGUUCGAAGAGCCAACCGCUCGUCGUCGCAAGUCCAAGGUCGCUCCUGAGCCUAUUCGGGAACCGCUCAUGACUGGUGGUUUGGGUGGCGGUAAAGAUAAGAUUUCCUCGUGGGUUUACUCGCAGAGUGAUGAGCCUCCGGAACCACCGCAAAUAGUUCCAACUCUUAUUGAUAUGCCUCCUCUUGCAGCGGAUGAAGGAGCUAAUGCCCAUUCUCUUUCAUCGGAUGAGGAAGCCCGCCGCGCUCUUCGUCGUAAGGCACGUCGUCGUGCUAAGUAUGAGGAAGAAGUUGAUGACCGUUCUCGAUAUCGUGGCUCUCGUCGUGAAGGCGUGAAGAGCAGCUCUGGAAGUGGUGAUUAUGAACGUGAUCGUGGGAUGAGGUCCCAGGGGAGCAGACAAGGUGCUCCACCGACCUCUGCUAAGAAGCCCAGUUGGUUCCGCAAAUUGACGAACCUGUAA